GAUAGAUUGAUAUGAUAGAAAUUGAAGUACGGGGUGGAUAAUAGUAAAUAGUUGCCAACGUAUGAAUUAAAAUUAUUUUUAAACAGUAUCCUUUUACCUCUUGGAUUUUUUUUUAUCGAUCAACUGCGCGUUCACCAGAUAAAAAAUCGCAAAUUUCAGUCAGACUGAAUAAUUAAAUUUGCAUAACCGCUUUUGCAACGAUUCGCACCACUAUCAAAUCGUGAUAAAACCGGGCAUGCGAGCAGGUGCGGUGCGCAUUCUUGAACGUUGUUCGCCGUUGCUAAGCGACCCACACGGUUUUAAAUGUAAACACGAGUUAGCCAACACUUGACGUUUUUAGCGUUCAUAACGCGAGUGAAAAUGUCAUUUAAAGACUUGAGAAAUUUUACCGAGAUGAUGAGGGUCCUCGGAUACCCGAGGUUAAUAUCUUUGGCAAAUUUCCGGGUUCCAAAUUUUCCUCUUGUUGCCGAAAUACUUAUUUGGCUCGUCAAGAGAUUUGAUCCUGACGCCGAUAUUCCCAGCGAACACAGUUCGGAGCAAGAGCGAGUUGCCCUAGUUAGAAGAACUGCUGAAUUUAUGGCGAUUAAAGCAAACAUCAAAUUGAACACAAAGAAAAUUUAUCAAGCUGAUGGUUACGCGGUGAAAGAAUUAUUGAAAAUAACCACGUUACUUUACGAAGCACAAACUCGCAGCACGGAGAAAGCAAUUUUAUUGGGAGAUAAUCUCCAAAGUGGUACAAAUUUUGACAUUUCUGGAAGGAUCAAUGAACUGAAAACAACGAGGCAGCUGGCCAGUCAGCUAACCAUCAACGGAGCCACGCUCUUUGACCUUUUGGGAAGAGAAGUUGACUUGCGAGAAAUUAGAAACAAUAAAAUGUCCAGACAGUUCGAUUCCUCAGAGAUUGAAUUGGCUAUGAAAGAAGUGAUCGAGAGUAUCAAGCUGGAGAUAAGCGACACCAAGAAACAGAUAGAGAAUAUCAAAGACACCGAACAAAGUUUGGAUGCCAAAAUUGAAAGGCGACGAACAGAGCUUGAUCGCAAUCAAAAGCGACUUCAAACUCUCAGAAAAGUUCGCCCAGCGUUCAUGGAAGAAUUUGAAAAACUCGAAGUCGAACUCAAGGGUCUGUAUGACAUUUAUCUACAGAAAUUUCGAUAUCUCGCCUACUUGGAACAUCUUCACGAAGACGCCGCCAAGGCUGAACAAGAAAGAUUUGAAAGAAGGCAAGCGGCGACAAAGAAGCAGCUCGAACAAUUGAGAGGGGAAGACGUGACCUUGGAAGGUCUUUUGGAAGGAAGUGACUCGAUAUUUAAUUCAAACCAGGAAACGAUUGGGCAUGGUUUAGGCGAUAAUGAAAAGCAGUUGCAGGAGCGAAUAGGUCAGGGAGUCAGAAUCAAGACUGGAAUGGGGGGGUCCUCGCGAGCCCAGACAUUGCAGCGUCGCGUUUACGGAAGCAUGUCCGGUCGCCAACGUGCUGGAAUGGGUACCGCGUUGGAUCUGAACGAUAGCGUUGGAUCCCUGGACAGCGACAGCGAUCUCUUCAUCGACGGAGAUCUCGAUGACGAUGACGAGUUGAUUAAUUCUGACGGAGAGCUUGAACUGACGGGGUUACAUGCUAAAAAUAAUCAGGAGAAACGAGCCGUCAGUAAAAUCGAUCACUCCGAUGAGGAUUUCUAAUAGGUUGUGCUUUCAAUCUUGCUACUACACUGACGGAAUUUGGUACUCUGUUAGGAACUCUACCGUCGAAUGUUUCCGGUGGUGUUUUUGGCAGGGGACAUAUCACAAAACAUGCACUAUACUUCAGGGUCCAAUUCUCU